AUUCAUCCCCUUGACUGGUGCAGGAGGCAGUAGCUUCCAGCUGUAGCCAGGAGCUGUAUAGUCCCCCUGCUGAGGGUUAGGUCUGAGCCACACACUUUGUGAUCACAAUGAUGCCCUCUGCUCUCAGCCAGGUCCUCAAAGAUCACAGGAGACUAUGAAGAUCUGAAGACACGUUACUCCUUGCACUGUCUAGACUGGGUCCUAACUCUCCGGUCUAUAGGUACUUGCAGUAUAUAUCUAUGUAUGGUACAGACUUGGGAGACAGUCCUAUCGAAGGUUAAAACAAGAAUGAGGACGUGCUGUCAAAUCAAGAUGACAAGUUUAAAGUUGGUAGCGUGGAUAGUAUUAGUUGAUCUAACAUGUACACUUUUUCAGGCCGCAGCAGCAGAGCAGGCUCAAGGAGCGUACUUUCUGCCUGAAUUUGCACUGUCCCCACAGGGAAGUUUCCUGGAAGAUACAACUGGCGAGCAGUAUCUUACUUAUCGUUUUGAUGAUCAGACCUCCAGAAUUACCCGCUCUGAUGAUGAUAAAGACACCGGCUGGGAUGCGUGGGGAACGUGGAGUGACUGUUCUCGUACCUGUGGAGGAGGCGCUUCGUACUCUUUGCGGAGAUGUCUGAAUGGCAGGAACUGCGAAGGGCGAAAUAUUCGAUACAGAACAUGCAGCAAUUAUGACUGUCCUUCUGACGUUGGAGACUUCAGGGCACAACAAUGUUCAGCGCAUAAUGAUGUCAAGUACCAAGGACAGUACUAUGAGUGGCACCCGGUCUAUAAUGAUGCUAUUGCCCCCUGUGCGCUCAAGUGCCAGGCUGUGGGCAAGAACUUUGUGGUGGAACUUGCACCCAAAGUCCUUGAUGGUACUAGAUGUAACACAGACUCCCCGGAUAUGUGCAUCAGUGGGAUUUGCCAGGCGGUGGGCUGUGAUCGGCAGCUUGGAAGCAACGCCAAGGAGGACAAUUGUGGUGUUUGUGCUGGAGAUGGUUCUACAUGCAGACUGGUGAGGGGACAAUCAAAGUCUCAUGUCUCCCCAGAUAAGAGAGAAGAAACAGUAAUAGCUGUGCCUCAUGGGAGCCGCAGCGUGAGAAUCACAGUAAAGGGGCCAGCACACGUUUUUAUUGAAUCAAAAACCUUGCAGGGUGAAACUGGGGAGCACAGCUUCAGUUCAGCUGGAAGCUACGUCAUAGAAAAUACAACUGUUGAAUUCCAGAAGGGUUCAGAGAGAGAAAUAUUAAAAAUACCAGGUCCACUGCGAGCAGAUUUUAUAAUCAAGACCAGGUAUGUCGCCCCCAAAGACAGUGUGGUGCAAUUCUUUUUCUACCAACCCAUUAGUCACCAAUGGAGACAGACGGACUUCUUUCCAUGUACAGUAACAUGUGGAGGGGGAUAUCAGCUGAACUCGGCUGAGUGUAUCGACAUUCGGUUAAACCGCACUGUCCCUGACCAUUACUGCCAUUAUUAUCCUGAGAACAAGAAGCCGAAACCUAAGCUAAAGGAAUGUAACAUGGAUCCCUGUCCCUCCAGUGACGGCUUUAAGGAGAUAAUGCCCUACGACCAUUUCCAGCCUCUCCCACGCUGGGAAUACAACCCUUGGACCGCAUGUUCUGUCUCGUGCGGUGGGGGCAUUCAGAGGAGGUCCAUUGUAUGUGUGGAAGAGACAAUGCACGGGGAGAUAUUACAGGUGGAGGAGUGGAAAUGCAUGUAUGCACCGAAGCCCACCAUCAUGCAGACCUGCAAUCUCUUUGAUUGCCCUAAGUGGAUGGCCAUGGAAUGGUCACAGUGCACAGUUACCUGUGGCCGUGGUUUGCGCUACAGGGUGGUGCUCUGCAACGAUCAUCGCGGGCAGCACACAGGUGGAUGUAACCCCCAGCUGAAGCCACACAUCAAGGAGGAAUGUAUUGUUCCAGUGCCAUGUUUUAAACCCCGAGAAAAAUUCCCAGUUGAGGCAAAGCAUCCGUGGCUCAAACAAGCUCAGGAGCUAGAGGAAACUAGGACAGCUUCAGACCAGCCAACCUUUAUUCCCGAAGCCUGGUCACCAUGCAGUACCACCUGUGGUUCUGGGGUGCAAGUGAGGGAGGUCAAAUGCCGCAUUCUACUGACAUUCACUCAGACCGAACUGGAUUUACCCGAAGAAGAGUGUGACGAAGACAAACCAAUCACAGAAAGAACCUGCAAUGUACAGCCAUGCGGAGGAGAAUAUGUGGCUCCAACCUCAGAAAUUUCCCCUCAUCAAAUAGAUUCCACCGCGCCUUAUGACUGGGAAUACAUUGGUUUCACUCCAUGUUCUAGUACAUGUUUGGGAGGAAGUCAGGAAGCAAUUGCUGUGUGCCUGCAUAUUAACACAAAGCAGGUAGUCAACAACAGUCUGUGUGACAGUUCCAUGCGUCCACCGGUAAUGACUAGAGCAUGCAACAUUAAACCAUGUCCUGCCAGGUGGCAGACUGGUCCUUGGAGUCGGUGCUCUGCCACAUGUGGUGUUGGGAUACAGACGAGAGAUGUGCAUUGCUCGGGUCAGACAGAGCCUACAAAUAAUUCAGAGCAAGAGUGCAAGGAUACAAAGCCUUCUGCGUUACGGGCCUGCAACCAGGUAGACUGUCCUCCAGCAUGGCACGCAGAGGAAUGGCAACAGUGUUCACGGACAUGUGGUGGAGGUGUCCAGAACCGCAGAGUGAGCUGUAAACAGUUGUUGGCAGAUGGGAGCUUUAUGAAGGUUUCAGAUGAACUUUGCCAGAUGCACAAGCCAGCUAAUCAAAAGCCUUGUGGGAAGGAAGAUUGUCCCCCACAGCUCACUGUAGGAGAGUGGUCCAAGUGCUCUGUAAGAUGUGGUGUUGGAAUCCAAAGGCGAAAGCUGACAUGUCAGAAGAUAACAGCUAAGGGCAUAGAAGUCCCUGUCAAUGGUUCCUUUUGUCAUGGCCUUCCUACCCCAGCUCCGGUUAGAUCAUGUCAUAUGGGCUCCUGCCACAAAAGUAAAGAACAUCAAACAAAGCAAGAAACUCCAGAAAUCCUCAGCAUUCACAGGGUCUAUAUUCAGACCCGACAAGAAAAGCGCAUUAAUUUUACCAUUGGAAGCCGGGCUUAUUUACUUCCCAAAACAUCAGUGGUUAUUAAGUGCCCAGUACGAAAAUUCCAGAAGUCACUUAUAAAAUGGGAAAAAGAUGGGCAGCCCUUGAAGCCCUCUAAAAAAAUCGGUGUGACAAAAUCAGGAUCGUUAAAGAUCCACAACCUGGAAGUUGAAGAUAUUGGAGUGUACAAGUGUGUUGCUGACUCUGCUUAUGAAACGUUUGUCCUGAAACUCAUUGGCACAAACAAUAGACUUUUGGAGCCUCCAGGGUUUGAGAAAGAUCCUAAUGAAGCUAACCGUCUGGGAGAGAAAUGGCACAAAAUGAGUAAGAUGUGGGAAUCAUGGAAUAAGAAAAACAACGUUUACAUAGAUGAGAGUCGGGCCAGGGAUGACAUGGUUUUGAGAAAUCUUGAAACGCUUGUGACAAACUCUGCAGAAAUAUAUGGGUCCCAAGAGUUUAAAGAUAAAAGGCUAGAAGCAGCUGUUUUACAAGGUGCUUAUAGCAUGGACACUGCCCAAUUUGAAGCUCUGGUGAAGAACAUGAGCCAGCUUAUUGAAGCUGGAGAGAUUAGUGAUGAUUUUGCAAGCCAAAUAAUAUCCCAUGUAGUGGCAGAGUUAUCCAAGCCACAUUCCACUCCUGAAAAAUGGAAGGUGCCCAGCGAAGAUAACAUAUCAGACUUCAAGACAUCUGCUAAAGAGCCAAAUAUUUCAGUGCGUCUGAACAGCAAAACCACAGAAAAGGGCACAGGCAAGCAACAACUACUCAUUACCCGCAAACAAAAACAUGCCCAUCUGCUAUCUACUAACAGGACAUUGCAUUUGGUUAUUGGAACUAAUGCCUUCAUCACCAACAACACGCAGCUUAUCACCAUACAGUGUGAGGUGGAUGGAGACUCCAAGACAAAGUUCACUUGGACCAAGGACGGAGAAGCUCUUAAGUUCUCUGACAAGAUUGUGCUGCAGACCAGUGGGUGGUUAUAUAUACACAGCCCAAGUAUUGAAGACAUGGGCUCAUACGGAUGUACAGCAACCAAUGAACGUGGCUCUGAUGUGGAAACGUCAAACCUACACUUUGCAGAAGCACCAACCAUCCAGUCCUCCAGAAGGACUAUCACUAAUCUGGACAGUAGUAGCGUUUUUGCGAUUGCUGGAGAUACUGUGGUGACAAAGACAGGAGUGAAUGUGACACUGGCAUGCCCUGUUAAAGGUUUUCCUCGUCCAAAACUUGCAUGGUUAAAGAAAGAAUUCCCAAUGGCAAACAAUUCAUUUCUGCAUUCCAACGGUUCUCUUCUGCUCGCAAAUAUAUCGGCCGACAACCAGGGGACCUAUAUUUGCAUAGCAACAAACACUCUAGGAAAAGCAGUAGCAGCGGCCGUCCUGAACUUAUCUGGACAAAAGAUGCAAGAAUCUUACCAUGAACAUCCCAACCGGAAAGGCAAAACACGGUUUGCAAUGGCAUCUCCAAGGGGUACUACCACUGUGAGUCAACCUGGAGAGCUCCUACGUAUAGGUUGUCCAGUACAAACCAGCCACCGAUCUACAAUACAUUGGUUUCUACAAAAGCAGCCAAUAGAAGGAGUAAAAGGCCUGAAGUACCAACUUCUCAUCUCAGGCCGAGUGCUGGAAAUAAAUCCUGUAUCCGAGGCCUAUGUUGGAGAGUACAGAUGUUGGACUUCAAAUAAUUCUCGGACAGCGUCUGCCUGGGUUAACGUCACUCUAGAUGCCUACAGAUUAAAAUAUGGCGAGUGGACUCCUUGCUCAUCUGCGUGUGGAAACACUGGAAUCCAGUUUAAGGCUCGGCAGUGUGUGAGUGCCGAGGGCUACAGGGUAAACAACUCGCUGUGCGAACAUAUUCAGCCACUCGUGGACAACUCUCAGCCCUGUAACAUACAAGAUUGCCCCCCAAGAUGGGCCACAGGUCCGUGGUCUGAUUGUCCUGCGUCAUGUGGCGCAGGAUUCCAACAAAGAGAAGUAACUUGCCAGCAAACAAAGUCUGAUGGUAGUGUUAAAGUUUUGCCUUUAAGUUCCUGUGGCUAUACAUCUCGACCAGCUGCACGAAAGCCAUGUUCCUCUGAGUCCUGCAUGGAGUGGAAAUCCCAGCCCUGGGGACAGUGUCUGAAUAGAUGUGCCGGCCAAGGAAUGGGUUUACAGCAUCGCCACAUAGUUUGCCAGCACCAGAACGGAAGCACAGUACCUGACACACACUGUGACAGGCGAAAGAGGCCAGCUGCCAGGAGAAAUUGCCCUUCAGAGAUGUGCAACGUGUUGUGGAGGACAGGUCCUUGGCGGCCUUGCACCGCAGCUUGCGGAAAUGGCUUUCAGUCCCGGAGAGUCGAUUGCAUUCACAGGAAAAAUGGCAAAGUUGUAGCUGACCAGUACUGCAUGUGGAAACGGAGGCCGACCACUUGGCAGCACUGCAAUGUUACGUCUUGUGGAAAAGGAGAAUGCAAGGACACAACUCACUACUGUACAUUUGUAAAACAACUUAAUUUAUGCUUAGUAGAGCUCUACAAACAGAGGUGUUGUGAAUCAUGUAAUGGAACAGACCUCUCCUCCUGAAAAAAAGCAUGUUGAGCGUUAAACCGAAGAUAUGAGAAGAAUGCUCCCGAUUGUAUAAAGUCUGUAUUUAGGAAGACCAACCCUUCCAGGUCUAUUCAGUGGAAAUCCCUUUGUUGCUACCAAAAGUACUUUCAUGGAUGUGUUGAGUUCUAUUGCACUUGGUUUAAAUGCCAGAACUACAUGUCCAUAUCAACCCACCUUGUA